AUGGCUAUCAAGGUCGGCAUCAACGGAUUUGGCCGUAUCGGCCGUAUCGUCUUCCGCAAUGCUGUUGAGAAGGACGAUGUCGAGAUUGUUGCCUGCAACGAUCCCUUCAUUGAGCCUCACUACGCUGCCUACAUGCUCAAGUAUGACUCCACACACGGUAACUUUAAGGGCGAAGUCUCCGUCGAUGGCGCCGACCUGGUCGUCAACGGCAAGAAGGUGAAGUUCUUCACCGAGCGUGACCCCGCCAACAUCCCCUGGGGAUCCACCGGCGCUGAGUACAUCGUCGAGUCCACCGGUGUCUUCACCACCAUCGACAAGGCCAAGGCUCAUCUCAAGGGCGGUGCCAAGAAGGUCAUCAUCUCUGCCCCCUCAGCCGAUGCCCCCAUGUACGUGAUGGGCGUCAACGAGGACAAGUACGACGGCAGCGCCGACGUUAUCUCAAACGCCUCGUGCACCACCAACUGCUUGGCUCCCCUGGCCAAGGUUGUUCACGACAACUUCACCAUCAUUGAGGGUCUGAUGACCACCGUCCACUCCUACACUGCCACCCAGAAGACCGUUGACGGUCCCUCCGCGAAGGACUGGCGUGGUGGCCGUGGUGCUGCUCAGAACAUCAUCCCCAGCAGCACUGGUGCCGCCAAGGCCGUCGGCAAGGUCAUUCCUGACCUCAACGGCAAGCUGACCGGCAUGUCCAUGCGUGUUCCCACAUCCAACGUCUCCGUCGUCGACCUGACUGCCCGCAUUGAGAAGCCUGCCAGCUACGACGAGAUCAAGGCCGCCAUCAAGGCCGCCUCCGAGGGUCCUCUCAAGGGCAUCUUGGGCUACACCGAGGACGAUGUCGUCUCCAGCGACAUGAACGGCAACCCCAACUCCUCCAUCUUCGAUGCCAAGGCCGGUAUCUCCCUGAACAAGAACUUCGUCAAGCUUGUUUCCUGGUACGACAACGAGUGGGGCUACUCCCGACGUGUCCUGGACCUCCUUGCCUACGUCGCCAAGGUCGAUGCUGGCAAAUAA